GGAAGGCGCUCUGCUUGGCCUACCUGAACCAACUGAGGCCCCUUAAUAAUUGUUGGAGCGGUCGGAUGCGUGACACGCCACAAUUAAUCACCGCUUCCAGGGAAUCGCAGCGCCGCGUUACGUUUCAUCUCCCCGACGGCUCCCAGGAAAGCUGCAGUGACAGUGGUCUAGGAGACCACGAGCCGGUGGGUAGUGGCACCCUGAUCUCACACCCUCUUCCUCUGGUUCAGACACAGGACGAAUUCUAUGACCAGGCCUCUCCGGACAAGAGGACCGAGGCAGACGGCAACUCUGACCCCAACUCCGACGGUCCUCUGGGCCCACGUGGAUUAGCUGAAGCUACAGAGAUGUGCACUCAAGAGUGCUUGGUUUUGGGUCACUCUGAUAAUUGCUGGAUGCCUCCAGGCUUGGGUCCUUAUCAACACCCUAAAUCCCCUCUUUCAACCUUUGCACCCCAGAAAGAAUGGGUCAAGAAGGACAAGCUUGUGAAUGGGCACACUCUGACCAGAGCCUGGAAAGAAGAUAGCAACAGGAACCAGUUCAAUGACCGGAAGCAGUAUGGCUCCAACGAAGGCCAUUUCAACAAUGGCAGCCACGUGACAGACAUUCCUUUGGCCAAUCUGAAGUCUUACAAGCAAGCAGGAGGUGCUGUGGAGAGUCCGAAGGAGCACCAACUCUAAAAAAAGAAAGGAAGAAGAAACAAAAGGCUGGAUGGGAACUAAUAACUUUAAUCUAAAUAGACAUGCUAAUACUGUGUGUGUCAGAGCUUUAUGUAUUCAGUAGAUCUCUACAACUAUGCCCCUUAUAGCAGGGAUAUUCAUAACUUUGUGUUAGCACUAUGGAGAAUACAACGUUUUACAACAUAAGAGAAAAGAUAGUUCUACUAGCCAUGUGAUCUUGUUUACUAGAAUCAAUUAUUCUUCAGAGGUCUCUCCAUUGUGAAAUACCCUUUUUUUUUUAAUAGCUUUUUAGUUUGACCCUGGACUGCUGCUAUGAUAAAUAGAAUAUGCAUUUGGAGAGUAAGAAAGUCCCAUGGAUUAGAGUGACUGACAAACAUAUCCAGUUAGAAAAUUGUGCUCUUUUUGUCACUGAUUUGUGUUGGGACUACUAUACUUGACAUUAUACUUCAAACGAAACUUAAAAAGAUAAGCAUUAAACCUAUUGUGCUGUUAACAACGUUAGUGGACACUUGUAAGUCAGUGUUAAAGUAUUUGUAAAUAGAAGCAAGUUAUUAUUAACAACUUUUGUGUAAUUAUAACGUUCACCUAAAAAAUGUUGUAGCAUAAUUCUGUAUUUUAUGGUUGCUUCCUUCCUUUUCCUUUUUUGUUUUAUUUGCCUCUUUGUCUUAAUUUUGUUGUUUCUUUUAGUGAGGUGUUCUGCGUUAGUAUUCUGUCUUGACACACAUUGUUCAAAGAAUCUCAAACACUUGUGUUUAGAAACAGGUUCUGGAUACUUGCUUCUUUUAUGAUAGCUUAUAAUGCUGGGAUUCUGUGUAAAAUAAAGAUAAAAUGUAAAAACUUUAUAUAAAAAAGGACUUCUGCAAAAGCUUGGAAAUUCAGAACCGAUUUUCUUGACAUCCUUAUUUUCAAAGUAGGCAAAAGCAAAUCACUUAAUUAGUAGCAUUAAGUGAGAGAGUCAUGGGAAAGUGUUAUCCUUCAGAAAGUGAUAUAAUAUCAUGUACUUGUCACUCAUGAAAAACUAAUGUAUCAAAUUUACAUAUAUUAAAGUAAAAAUUACUAUUCAAAAAAUAGUUUCAAUUGGGCAAAUGUGUGUCUACAACUUUGUUGAAAUGGCAGAGUUUGUGUUGAUCCUCAUAUACAAUAAUGUUGUUGUAACACAAGUGUUAGACCAUAGCCACAAAAUAUUUAAUGUGUUGUGCCUUCAUGAUGUAACAGAACAUUCUCCAGGUAGGGUAGUUUAGGGAAAAAAGGGAUAAAUCUCUAAUUAUUGCUGUUUAACUGUUUGUUAUCAUAGUUGGUCAAUGCCUGGCAGGUACCAGCAUCUCGUCACUUAGGUCAAACCAACAGAGUGACAACUAAUGUUAAUAAGAUCUCAGUUGCACGUGCAAAACAAAUCCAAAUUCGAACAUUCUUAGGAGGUUUUUGUUAAGGCAUGACAGAUGAUUUAAACAAAUAAAUAGCAUGCAACAAAAUGUCUUUACUGAAAGAAGUGAAAGUUAUCUUAAUGCCACCGUUCAACAUCAGUUUAAAAGUUAAAAAAAAUAAAAAAAUAAAAAAAAGGUUUGCUAAUCUGAUAGUUAAUUUGUUCUUACCAAAAAUGAAAUUACUUUGUAAAUAGUGAUUCACAUUUUUUCACAGCAUAAUGGAAAAUAAUGGGUAGGGGUGCAUUGCUUAUUGCAGUACAUUUUUGUCGGUUUGUGAGGGGUGUUUGAUGACUUCGACAGAAUCAAUAUCUAAACAAUUAUCCUUGUUACUGCUUUGCCAGUUCCACGUUAUUUACAAUUAUUCAGCUCUUGCAAUAAAUGUUCUGAAUUCCUGAU